AGCUAACUAUUUAGCUUUCCCUCUCAGUCACUCAGCAACGGUAACUAUUUAGCUUUUCCUCUUCAUCUUCUUCCUCCUCUGAGCUCCGACAACAAAAAAAUACCAACGGUAACAAAAUGGUGGUAUCAAAAUCAAACUAUGAAGCAGUACGGAACCAGAGAUUGGAAGAGAACAAGAAAAGAAUGGAAGAACUUAACCUGAAAAUACUUUCCGAUGAUUUCCGUUCAUCCAGCCCUAAGAAAUCGCCGAUGAAGCGCUUAAAACCGAGAGUUCUUAAAUUUCCAGAGGAAUUGGUAGCGGUGAGGAGAUCUUCUCGUUUCAAGGCUUCUGUUAGCUAUAAAGAAUUGGCACCUGAACCUAUAGAGAGACCAAGCAGAAGGUUUGUCUCUUGCAGAAGCUAUAGUUGCCAUCGAAGAGAUCUGGCCAAUAGAAUUUAUGCUUCUGAUGAAGUGAGGGCUUAUGCAAUUGAUAGGGCAGAACAAUUGCAGGCACGUUUAGAACCUCAGUUCCCAAGCUUUGUCAAACCUAUGCUUCAGUCUCAUGUCACUGGAGGAUUUUGGCUGGGACUGCCAGUUCAAUUUUGCGAUGAUCACCUCCCUUGUGAUGAUGAAUAUAUGAGUCUGGUGGAUGAAAAUGGAGAUUCAUCCGAAACAAAGUACCUUGCUAGGAAACAUGGUCUUAGUGGUGGAUGGAGAGGCUUUGCUAUUGAUCACAAACUAGUUGAUGGAGAUGCACUGGUUUUCCAACUAAUCAGCCGUAAAGAAUUUAAGGUGUUCAUUAUAAGGGGAAAUGAGUAUGGAGACGAUGGACACGACAAAGAAGACGUACCAUGUAAUGAACACGACAAAGAAGACGUGCCAUCAGGAAGUGUCACCAACUCUCCUAUUACUGUACUAUCAAGCAAGCUAGACAAUUCGGAACCCCUUUAGAGCACGACUAGUAUCUAGAGGCACGUUUUCGCUCUUGUAAGAGCUAGAUUGAUGGAACCUCACUUUUGAUUGGAACUAACAAGAUAAAAUAUAGUUAGAUUGCUCGUCAUACUCGUAACAGGAAGGAAGUAGCCGUCCCUAGAGACACGCUUUUGCUUUUAUGAGGACCAAAUUGAUGGAACUUUACUAAGGAAGUAGCCGUCCCUAGAGACACGCUUUUGCUUUUAUGAGGACCAAAUUGAUGGAACUUUACUUUUGAUAGGAACUAGCAGGAUAUAAUGUAGUUAGAUUGCUCGUCACACGGUGGGGGUUCGAUGAGCACUCCAAUGUGUUUGGAAUGUAUAUGGUAGAUCUUAAUUUUUAUAAUGUCAUAAUCUUUCUUAUUAAACUAUAUUCACCUAA